GCACCAUAUUCUUCGUUAGCCAAGUCCACACACUAUACCAUGACAUCCCCCGCACCUUCUGAGACACAACCUGAAGAGUCGCUCCCUGAACAACAGACAAUAUCAGACAACGAUGAAGCCGACGUGAAUGACGAGACUCAGCAGGAGCAGGAGAGUGAUCUGCCUGAGUCGAAGCCGACCAAGAAGAGAAAAGAGGCAAAUGGUCAGCCUAUCACCAGAGAGCCUGGGAAAUCACUUCUACCUUUCUCCAGAGUUCAGAAGAUACUCAAGGCAGAUAAGGAGCUCCCAAUAGUCGCUCGAGAAGCUACAUACCUAAUUUCUCUCGCUGCAGAGGAGUUCAUCAAGCAGAUGGCGGAAGAAAUAUGCAUAUCUGCCCAGAGAGGGAGCAGAGUUACGGUCCAAUACAGAGACGUCGCUACUGUUGUGCGAAAGGCAGACAAGUUCAUGUUCUUGGAUGAAAUAAUUCCUUGGCAUAACCCAGAUGCACAAGCGAAACGUAAACCUAAAGCUCUUCAAGAGAAAGACGAUAAGGCACGACCGACGACGAUGCUGGACACAUUCGUCCAGAAAGGUGCUGCAGAUGUUGAAUCGGGUUCACAAGGACAUGACGAAGACAUCGUCAUGAACGAAGACGGGACGAUGUCCGUGGGAUAGAGCAUUGCAAAGGGUUCUGCUCCCCUUCGCCUUCGUUUAUUCCGGGAGAAUCAUCUAAAGCGAAAACAUGAUAGUGGACACUGCCUACACCUCAAGCAAGAGUACUUCAAGUUGGCGUUGCAGGAGCUACGGUGCUGAGCGCUGAGCCUCCUCUGAGGUGGUGCCCCGAGGCUGGACGAUUCAAUGAAGAAGAUCCCUCGACGGUCUGACUCGCAUAGUAUACAUCGUACAGACAUUAUACGUAGAAGAUGGAUGUAACUACAACCUUUUCAGAAAGCCCUCAGGCAUAUACUACCGUUUAGUACC